CAUUUUAUAUAUGACGACAACCAUGGCAGGACUGUCACAAUGCUGCGCAUGACAACCACUGAGGCGAAUCGGAGGGUGCAUAUCCCUAGGCCUAGCAGAGUAAAGCACCAAAAAGGGGAAUUUGUUCUAAAAAGAAAGAGCUGUGUCAGUGAACAGGUGUGUGAAUAUUGAUUUUGACAGGCAUUUUCCAUACCUCCCAGACUCAAUCAAUGUUUUACUUCAACAAAGAUUUGUGCUCAAUAGACUCUAUAGAACUGUAGACACUAUAGACUGCUGUGUAGAUUGCAUACCUGGAUAAUUGAUCUGUUCUUUUGGAUUAUUUUUAUUAGUGGCAAUGGAGCUUAAUGCAACUUAAAAUGACAAUCUUGGCUGCAUCCUUUUGUUUGUGAAUUAAACCACUGGUCUUGAUUCUUGAAAUAUUAUAGCUGUUAAAAAAAAUGCUAUGUAUUUCUUCUGGAGUAUUUUGAAACAUGUCAGCCAGGAGGCCUAAUGAAAUAAGGCUAUCUUCAACUACUGACAUUCGCAGAAGCAUUCCUAGUUUCGCUCCCACUUUGUCAAGUUCUUUGUUACCAGAAGGGUUGAAUAAUGGUCUUGACAAGCAGGUGGAGUACAGAGGUGUUUCUCAGUUCCAUCAGGAGAAAACAUAUGAAGAUGGAUCUUGGAUAGAGGAUUACAAAGACAAGAUGGAUUCAAAUAGCCUGGAUGGAGACAGUGAGGCCGAGGAGGACCAGGAUGCUGAGACCAUGCUGGCCAGGGCCAAGCAGAGCCUGGAAGAGUUGAGGCUCAAUGAAGCAGAGCAGCAGUUCCUCAAAACCACUGUGCUGCUUCAAGAGAAAGGGGAAGAUAACUCCAGGGCCCUGGUGGAGACCUAUCUUGGUCUGGCUGAGGUUUGCACCAGGAAAAGUCGAGCUUUCAGACAGAGCCCAUUUGAAUGGUUUUGGCUCUGUGUUCACGCCUCCUCCCUCCUCAGUGAAGUUGUGGACAUGUGCACAUCAGAACUUCUGGAAGAGACAGACAACCAAAGUGUAGAGUGGUACACCACUCAGUGCAAAUUUGCUGAGUCCAAGGCUCAAUCUUUGCUGGAAGUUUUAGGCCGGACGCUGUUCAACUGGUUAAAGGAUGACUGGAGGCUUGUUGAUCCCAACCACAGUUCAAACUUGUUCCACUCCAGAACACCCCUCACUCCCAGGUCUCGCUACCCACUCACCAACUCCCCACACAUCACAUCCGGACUCCGCCCCUAUCACUCUGGUUACAUGAACCAUGCCUUCAGCAUUGAGAGCCUCCACGAGCCCUUGUUUAAAGGAGACUUUGGGCACACAGCAGCAGGGGAGGUGAACUGGUUUAAGAGAAUACAGAGGUACUGCCACCUCAGGCUUGAGAGCAGGAAUGUCAAGGAUAUCAUCACAGAAAUUUCUACAGUUAAGGAAUCAGAGGAGGCUUCCCCAUCUCCUUCAGACCCCAAGAUAGAAACUAUAUCAGAGGAAACAGAUAUAGAUUUAGCCAAAGAAAGAAACAACUCCACGGGCUCACAGAGAGGAGAAGAAGAAGAAAUAUUCACAGAGGAAACGUACACCAUGGCUGAAAUCAAUGAGAAAUCUAGAACAGAUUCUAUUGUCAAAGAUUACUCAUUGAUGUAUGAGUUGGCUUCCAGUGAUGUGGAUACUAGUGGUUGGGAAUUUUUCCUGGAGAAACGUAAAGAGUGUAUUGUCACUAGUGUUAUAGAGCUCUACUCUGCAGAGACUAGCACUAAUGGUCGCUCCACCAAAGAGCAGGGCGAUGACAAUGUCAGUGGUACAACCAUUAUUGUGGAGACUGUUGAUCUGGCUGAUGAUAACAAGGAGAAUGUUUCAGAAAACAGGGUGAUCGAAAUUUCUGGGCAUGAAAAACGAAAAAAAGAGAAAGAAAAGUUCAGCCCACUCAAAGAGAAUUGCCUGAGGCUGACCAUAGCCAGAGCAUUGCAGCUGGUUGUCCAGAAGCUGAUCCAAGUUGGGGAGUUAUCCAAUGCUGAAAAUCUUUGUGAGGAAAUUCUUCAGAUCAUAGAGGAGAUCCAAGAUGGCACGGUAAAGAUGUUACGCUUCAGUGCCCUCCUGCUGCAGAGCACCGGGCUGCUGUGUUUCAGACAAGGCAACAGACACAAUGGGAUGAGGAACCUGGAGAAGGCGCUGAAGAUUUACAAAGACUUGCAGGACCACGAGGCUCAUAGAGAAGUGGCGCUGGUGCUCAUUGACCUGGGCAAUGCCUACGCUGACGACCUCAAUGAUGAGGCCUUGUAUGACAAGGUCAUCGCCGCCAUGUGCGAGUUCUUUGAGAGAGAGGCAUCUGACGAGGAGCACACGGGCAACUCCACGCCAGAGAAGUCCAGCGACUUUGACACACCUGAGGACAUUGAGCUGAAGAAGAGAAUCAGCGAGGCGGUCACAUGCUACUCUGAGGCUCUGAGUGUGCUGGAGAACAACGAGAAAUCUCAGGAACACGUUGUUGCCAUGGCGAUGAGAAAACUUGGGGACUGCCAUUUUGUACAGAGGCAGUACACAGAAGCACUGGACUGGUAUGAGAAGGCUCUGAAGCUCUACCGUACCUCAGGCUUCCAUGGGAAGGAGUCGGUGCUAGAAAAUGCACAUGUUCUUAGCAUGCUUGGGGUCUCCACUUUCAUGGUGCAUGUGUACCCCAGAGCAUCCCAUGUUUUUGAACUGGCUCUUCAUAUGGUCAAGCACGCGAAUGGAUUAACUCUUUAUACAUUCCACCAUAGCUUAAUUCUAUCACUCUUAGGCAUUACAUAUUACAAAAUGAAAGCAUACCACAAAUGUGUAUCUAUGUGUUCACGGGCGUUUGAAACUUUCUGGAACCUGUAUGAUGAAAAGAUUGCUGAGUUACCCCAGCAGAGGUUCUGGCUAGUCUGUCAGAACCUGUACAUCCUGGGCAACACGUACAACGUACUUAACAUGCACCACAAGGCCAUCAAGUUUCUGGAGAUUGGCAGAGCUUUCAUGAGAGAGUCCAUGGUGGGGGAGAAACGGCAGCACAUGCGUAUACUGCAGAUACUUGGGGACUGCUACUUCGCACAGUACGACUACAAAACUGCUUUAACGUACUACAAUGAAGCAUUGGAUAUUGGUGAUAAGGUCUCCUCAUCCACUGAGAGUGAAGCCUUUGAGAGGAUGGAGUCCAGCCAGAGCAGCAACAUGACCACCUCCACAGAAAACCUGGACAUGGCUCUCCACAACCAGCUGCUCAGCAGGUCAGCAGAUGCCCACAUCAGCAUGAAGCAGUACCAGAACGCUGUCCACUACCUGGAGCAGGCCAGGGACAUACAAGAUGUGCUGGAGGAUGACAUUAAAGGAGAUUUAGUGAGUACCCUGCACCAACUUGGCCAGAUGCAUUCCAUGGCUGGAGAUGUGGAUAAGGCAAUAGAAUCUUACAAAGAGAGCUUGGAGGUAUUCAGAGAGUUACACAACGGGGAUCUAGCACCUGAGAUGUGCAUCACCUUAGGUAACCUGGCCACCAUGUGUUACGUCAAGGCUUGUAUAUGUGAGGACAUUGACAGCGAGCUGGAGAUGAUUCUCUCAGCGGAGCAGUACUUCCAGGCAGCCUUGAAGGAAGAACUAAAUGCCAGUGUCUGUGUGAAGUACGCCAACUUCCUGUACAGCCAGGCUAACUAUGAGGAUGCUGUGAUGUAUCUAGAAGAUUCCAUCAAGUCAAGGAAAGACGAGGAAGAAGAAAAUAUGGACACAACCCUGUUCUUCCCCAGGCCCUGGUCAUGUGACAUUGUGUACGGCGGCCUAGAGCGAGUGACCCUCCCAGAGCCUCUCCAAGAGGAGGUGGAUGCCCAGGAGGAGGCUAUCAUGCCGACCUCCGUGCUGGCCUACUACAUCCUGGUGCUCUCCUACAAGAUGCUGGGCAAGCUGCGCCACGCUGAGGCCGCCCUGACCUCCCUCAUGGGGGAGGUCUAUGCCAGGGAUAUCCCAUUCCUGUAUUCCGUCCUGGGGUACUCCCUCAUGGAGCUGGGCUUGUUCAGUGAAGCAGCGGAGGAGUUCUACAUGGCCUGGUACUUGGAUAAUGAGUACAACUUGGCCCUGGACAACUACUGCCUCUGUCUGGCUGUUCACGCCUACAACGUCUUGGAGCGAGCGUUUGCCACCAUCUUUGUCCACUGUAAAAUCUGGAAUGAGGACCACAAGAUAGAGCAAAAAGUGGCCAGUCUGCAAGGCUAUUACAGUUAAAUGUUCUAACAAACUUUAGCCAAGUUUAACUUCUUAAAGUCCACCUCUUAAUUUCAUCUGAAAGAAUUAGCAACACGAAAUAAAUUUCAUUUACGUUAGUUUUUUUAAUAAGUCAUAUGCUGUUCAAAGGCUAUUCAGUAUUGCUGAUACUAUGCUAAUCACAGGAAUUGUUGCAAAUCAAAAUGCAAAGAUCUGCAAUAAAAUUGCAAUUUGUUUAUGUUAAUUAUUAUAACAGCUUUUUAUGUAUGUAUCCUUGUCCACAAACUCAGUCUAAUAUAGUCUGUAUAAUGGCUCUAUAUAGUCUGUAUAAUGGCUCUAUAUAGUCAGUAUAAUGGCUAAUAUAGUCUGUAUAAUAGCUCUAACUGCAAUAUUUUAAAAAGUUUUUGGGAAAAUAUUUUAAUGCAUAUGUUGCCGGCAAAGUUAGAAAUGCUGAAAUUCUAUAGAAUUCUUAUGGAUUUUAUACAAUUUUAUACAAUUCAUGGCAGUUACAAGCCAAGUGGACCAGGGCGUAAUAAUCUGCCAGUUCAUAACACCAACCUAGUUUAGGCUUUCUGUAGAAGGCCUAAGGGCUCUAUAGCAUAAAGGAUUUCAUACUUUGCUGGUAACUCAUCCAUUACUGAAUAAUUAAACUUGUUUUUUAAUGGUACAAAUUGACCUGAUUGUAAGAGAUCUGCUUUCUGUGAUAACUCAAGAAUCUCCUUUAUAAAAACUUUGUUCAUUCCAGUCAUAACUAUAGAUACAGGAUGAUGCUGCAACUUGCCUGUUCAACUUUUUAUUUAUUAUGCUACUUGCAGUUUACUACUUAUUUGCUUUUUUUUAAAAAUAUGUAUAAUGGCAAUUAAUCAUAUACAAUUAAUUAAUUAUCUUCCAAUGUAAAGGAUCUGAUUUCUAUUGUUUGUAGCCCUAAGUUGUUUUUAGGUAGACUUAAUUUAGCAAUAUAAUAAUGAAAAAUCCAAAGUGUUCCUUGAUCAUUAAACAAGGGGAAAGAACCACCACCAUCUACUUUCCCCAACCAGAGUAAUCUGUUCCAUGCACACAAUGUUGCACAACUCUUCCAACGAAGAUAUAAAAAACUGGUACCUGCCUCAAUGCUUUCAUUCUGACAUGGUUGUGAGUACUAUAGUCCACUCUUAUGUUUGAGCAUCUUUGAAAGUUUGGCAUUGUUCAACAAUUUAACCAAGUUUAAUUCUCAUAGUUUAUCCAAUUCUACCUAACUUAUAGGAGGCCUCCAUUUUUCGUUAUACUUUCGUAUGAUUGUUUGUAUAUCAUAUUUUACAAUAGGCUUUUCGCUUGUGUGAUGUAAGACAUUACCCUGGAGACUUCUUUAUUUUCUUGUGGUAGAAUGCUGAAAUUAAUUGAAUAAAAGAAAGGUUUUUUUUUACCCCAACAAACACAAUUUGUUAUGUGCUCUGCUGGACUAUUUCAAUUAGUAGGGAUAAAAUAGUUCUUUUAAUUCUACUCUGCUUGUUCACACAUAAUAACCUAAAUAUUGUAUUAUGAUCUAUAUAUAUUAUAACAGAUUAGUUAUUACGUGCAGAUAUAUUGUAUUCAACAUGUUAAUGUUUAAAACAAACAAAGUACACCACAUGUACAUUUCUUUUAUCAAGCUAUAGUUUCUCUAAAGAAAUUUCUGCAUGCGUUUAAAGUUCUAUAGUUUGUAAAGAUUGAACUGCUUAGAGCCACUGUUAUAUAGUACACUCACGUCUUUAGAGUACCUUUGUGAAAAACCACAGAUUUAGUGAGAUAUUUGUUUUUAGAAUCCCUCCAUAUCUUUAUGUAUUCUUUAAGAUUUGUAUAAAAUUAUAAGCUUCAUUUCUUAAAAAGUAAUUGAUAAACUGUAAAAAAUUAAACAGACCUAUAAUUGAUUCUUAAGCAGUUAAAGUUUUGCAAACUUGAACAAAUUGUACCCAAAUUGUACUAAAAUAUAAUAAUAGUAUGUUAAAUUCAUUAUUUCCAAUACAGGACACAUAUUUGAUCUGGUUUACUUAAAUUCACAGAGAAAAACUGUGGUCGGUUUAUUAAUAAUGUGUUUAGGCAAGCAGAUAAUUGCUGCAAGUUUUGCUGCAUGUUAUUAUUUUUGUUAAAUUUGGUUUUACUUUUUGCAUUUUCUUACUUGUUAAUAACUCCUUACAUUCAAUGCUCUAUAAAAGUUGGAAUUUUCACUAACAAUAAAAAGCUAUCCAAAAUUG